CGCGUUUAGUGCACGCAUGGCACAUGUCAGUGCAGUGCCUGUCACAUUCGAGAACCCUUUUGGACACACCUUGCCUGGUUCUGUAGCUCUUGUUGACACCAUCACCAUCAUCAAUCGGGUUCAUCCGUGGAUGUACGGCUUUGACUACCUACACAAUGGAGAGCCCUCAUGAGCAUCAACAGAACUUGCUACUGUCACGCAUUAUCACCAACGUGGAAAAACUCAACGAGGCUGUUGUUGUAAUGAACAAGGCUUUGCAGGAAAUCAACAUCCAAAACAUGAACAUUGAGCUGGUUGCGCAAAUGUUCAAGAACUACCAGUCUAACGUGCUAUUUCACCUCGAAGCUACUGACAACCUGAAAGAGCCGUCUUGAUAUUCUCUGUCGUGGUCGUUAUCAAUUCAAGCUUACCUAUCUCGGGGAAAGAUAGCGGAAUCAAAGAGAUACCCAACAAACAUCCUUGAAAUGAAAUACCAUACUUAGAAGUACCUCUACACCAGGCAACUGACCUCUGAUUGUCAUAUACAUAAGUCCUAUUUUCAACUUAGUUGCUCCCCCAUAUCCACCCCUUGCAUGCCGCUCCAGGUCCCAGGUCGCUGUACUGUA